GGCGAAAUCAACUGGGAUUGUCCCUGUAUGUGUCUGGGCGGUAUGGCCACCGGUCCUUGUGGUGAGCAGUUCAAGGGUGCAUUCAGCUGCUUUGUCUACUCCGAAGCCGAACCCAAGGGCGUUGAUUGCAUUGAGAAAUUCAAAGCGAUGCAAGACUGUUUCCGCCAAUAUCCCGAUGUUUACGGAGAC